AUUUCUGACCACUCGGAAGCGUUUCGCAACUGGUUUUGGGAAGCAGAAUUUCGCUUGAAAUUUAUUGUCAUUCUGAGCAUAAUAAUUGUUGUUAAUAGUAUCCUCAUAAAAAUUGCUUGGGCCAUAUACGGCGAAAGGAUUGUCGAUUUCUUUAAGAAACAAGGUGUAUCAGAGACAGGAUACACACAAGAUUCAGUUCCUGUAGACACAAAAGACAGCGUGAAUUCCACUCCUCGUUCUCAGCACUUGAAAAGAGAGUAACACAUUUUGAAGUAACAGAAAGUUAAUUGACCAUCAUGGCAGCUAUCAAACGAUUUUUUGAGAAGAAAAAACUAGAUGUCAAGUUCAAGAAGGCUGGUUCUGGCCACAAACUGACAGAGGACACCAGGAGCUUGUCACCACAGCCAAGUCAACGCCCUGGCACCAGUCAGGGGCGGCCUCAGGCUGAAAGCGAGGCUGCACGAGCUGCACGGGAGGCAGCUCUGGCUAGGAUGUCCCAGCCAAGACCAGGUACUGCAAAUAACCAGCUGAAGGCUCUGAAGUUGCAAGCCAGGGCAGAGUUGGAGGCUGAGAGAGCUCUCCAACAGGGGGCAGCAGCAGCAGGACCCACAGAAGUUUACAGAGAUGGUGCUCCACUGCUGGAACAAAUAGGUGUGUAUUACAACUGCCCUAUGGUCACCCCAGAAGUUCUGCCAAAACAGGACAUGGAAAAGAAGAUAGAGGAGUUCUUACUGGCCCAGUUGGCCGAAGAACCACAGAUGACGUCUGCUCUAAUGAUUCACACCCUAAAUAAAAAUGCUGAGAAAGUGAAACUUUGCAUUGAAACCCUCUGCAAAUACCUCGAUAAUAUCAUUGCCAAUCCCGAUGAAGAGAAAUUCAGGAAAAUAAGAAUCAGUAAUAAAGCAUUCCAAGAAAGGGUGUGUUCCUGUGACGGCACUGAAGAGUUCAUUCAGUCCGUUGGAUUCAAGCAAAGAAAACUGCCCUUUCAGGACGGGGAGGACGAUUUCUACGUCCUGGACGAAGAUCAAGCCAAAGACACGGAGAGGCUGAAUACUCUGAAGGAAAUUCUUCUCGCUGCUGAGCCCAUCAAGGCGGAGCUGGACAGAGGGCUUCGCCUGUUUCAUCCCUCCCCAAAGGCAACUAAAUUUGAACUCCAUAAUGAUUUUUACAACAUCACUCCAGAGGAGAUGAGGAAGGAGCAACAGCUCAAACAAGAAGCCGUGGAAAAAUUAGGAAUGCUGCGCACUAAAGCCAUGCGUGAGCGGGACGAGCAGCGAGAACUGAGGCGAUAUCGCUUCGCCUUGGUACGCGUGCGCAUGCCCAAUGGCGUCCUCUUACAGGGGACUUUCAGAGCCACUGAAAAGGUGUCGGUGUUGGCGGAAUUUGUCAGGGACUAUUUGGUUAACGAUUGGCUGCCAUUUACCCUCUCCACGGCCACUGGACAGAAACUGACCGAAAUGGACUCUACUUUAGCCGAGGUUGGGAUUGCGCCGGCAACUGUGUUAAAUUUUGCACUGGAUCCCAGCGUUGUAGCAGAAAUUAAAUCGCAGCAAGGAACUUUCGAUGACAAGAACUUGAUAAAGCCAGAAAUUAUGGUCCUCAUUCAAGACCUGUAGUUUAGCUUUGUCAGAAUAUAUUGAGAGAAGAGUUAUUUAUAUUUUUUUCUUCACUGAAACUUGGGAUUGGGAUUAAUACUAAAUCUUCAUUUUUUUUCUGUAUGUUGUUAUUGUACUACUACUGUUUGGAGCACUACAUGUAUUAUGACAAUUCUGCCUUCGAUUCUUGUUCAUGUUCGUAUGAUUUCCAUACAAGAAACGGGGAAGAACGA